CACCCACCACCUCUUGUGCCGUGUCGGUAUUAACAGCACUUCCCCCAAGAGCAUGUUCAAUGCUAUAUACUCUGGGUCCUUGCCUCUGCUCUUAUUCCGUGUGAGCUGUGCUUAUCCUGCUUUGCACGAGCGCAGGAGCUGCUGUGUGCGCUGUGUGUGAGUCGGUGGAGGCGCUGUUUGGCUGUGAGUGCUGCGAGGGGUCGGUGUGUGAGUCGGUGGAGGCGCUGUUUGGCUGCGAGUGCUGUGUGUGCUGUUUGGAGCUCUGUGUUGGAUCUGUAUCAGUGGAGGCGCUGUCUACCAGAGGGCCGCUCUCGGCGGCUUUGCUCGAUGGCGCGGCAGGCCUCCCGUCCCGGGGAAACCCCGGCUCGGCCGGGCCGCCACUGCGGCGGCGCCCGGGGCCGCGCCGGGAUCGCGUCCUGAGAGGUGGGGGUGGAGGCGGCGGCGGCGGCGCGGAUAUGGAGCCUCCGCUUGGGCCCGCGGGGCCGCAACGCCCUCCCGGGGUCCCGGACCUCAGCCAUCUCACGGAGGAGGAGCGCAACAUCAUCAUGGCCGUGGUUGCGCGACAGCGAGACGAGGAGGAGAAGGAGCAACAAAUGCUGAGGAAGCUGCACCACCAGUUUGCGGCCUACAAGGAGUACAAGGACGAGAUCAAGAAGCUUGGCGGGGAAUCCUAUCGGGAGGGAGAAGCUCGCGGAGCCGCAGCGGCGACUGUGGACGGAUCAGAGGGGGCCCCUGCGAAGGGGGGGGGCCCUGGCGACGGAGAGGAGGCGGAGACCCGGCGUGAGACUCCCACCUGCGGGAUUUGCCACAAAACCAAGUUUGCCGACGGAUGCGGCCACUGCUGCUCGUACUGCCAGACGCUGUUCUGCGCACGGUGCGGGGGCCGUGUGGCGCUGCGCUCCAGCAAGGAGGACAAAGUGGUGAUCUGGGUUUGCAACCUUUGCCGCAAGCAGCAGGAGCUCCUCACCAAAUCAGGCGCCUGGUUCUUUGGGCCGGUGGCCGGCCCCAGCGAAGGGCUGGGUGUGGAAGAGCAGAGCGACCCUGGGGCGGCGCUCGGACGUGAGCGCAAGGUCCGGGGUGGCCGCGGCGGAAAUCACGAGGCGGACGGAGGGGAAACUGCCUCACGGGGUAGGCGGAGCCGCGACGGGAAGACGCAGCUGGCGCCGCCCGGACAGGCACGGGGGAACGGCAGGAAGGGAUGUCGCUCCCCGCCCCGCAGCACCACGGACAGCGGCUUCACCCAGCCAGAGCUACCGGCCGUCCAUGGCUCGCUGGUCAUGAAUAACCACAGGAGUCGAGGCCUGGCCGUCCCAUCGGAGUGCCCAGAGGGGGUCACUGGCCGGCGGCCUCCCGGAGCGAUGGGACGUGGAAUGGAUGGCUGCCUGCGGACGGGAGGGGGCGACAGGCCUCCCAAUGCCACCGAGCCACGGCUGCCAUACCGCUAUGCCAGCGAGGCAGCGUGCGGGCCGCUCCGAGGUGGCCGCACCGAUGAUGCCGAGAUGCAGGCCCGUUACCGCAGCGACCCCAAUCUGGCACGCUACCCGGUGAAGCCGCAACCAUACGAGCGGCAGAUGCGCAUCCAUGCAGAGGCCUCUCGUGCUCGGCAUGAGCGGCGGCACAGCGACGUGGCGCUGCCGGUGACUGAGGCGGACGAGACGGCGUACCCAGGGCCUGUCACCAGCCGCGCCGACCGCCCACGGCACCGGCGGGCCCUCGUGCCGCCCGCCGAACCCGGGGUACCGGACGCCCCCCGCCUAUCCCGGGGCAUCCGGCGCGGCCCCGUGUCCCCGGGCUGGUGCCCGGACGCCCGCGGGCACGGUGCCCACGGACCCUACCGACGCCGGGAUGUUACGGACGGCACUGCGGUGGCGUGGAAUGACUCACUGGGCUCGGAUCAGUUGGAUGGCCUGCGGUGCAUGCAGCAGCAGCAGCAGCAGCAGCAGCAGAAAGUACUCAAGGUGAAGAAAUCUCGGCACCGCUCUACCAGCAGUACCGAAGAGUCGACGCCAGAGUACAGCAGCUGCCCCGACGAGGAGGAGGGCGAGAGUGAGGGCGCCGGCGACAUGGCGGCCGGAGACCGGGACCCAUACAAGCGCGACGUGGCUCGCACGUACCCAAGUGGAGACCCCUCCCUCCUGGCGACGCCCGUCACGUGGCAGCCGUCGCGCGAGGGCGACCGCCUCAUCGGGCGCAUCGUGCUCAACAAGCGCCUUAAGGAUGGCUCCGUGCCUCGCGACUCUGGCGCCGUGCUGGGCCUCAAGGUGGUGGGAGGGAAGAUGACGGAGCCGGGGAAGCUGUGUGCGUUCAUCACCAAGGUGAAACGUGGCAGUCUCGCAGACAUCAUGGGGAGGCUGCAGGCAGGCGAUGAGGUGCUGGAGUGGAACGGGCGGCUCUUGCGGGGAGCCUCAUUCGAGGAGGUCUACAAUAUCAUCCUGCAAUCCAAGCCGUCUCCACAGGUGGAACUGCUGGUAGCACGACCACUCAGAGACGCUUCGAAGAUCCCCGAGGUCACCCAGGUGCAGCUCGAGUCCAGCUCCAGCUCUUUCGAGUCGAGCAAGAUGGAUCAGCUCUCCACCUCCGUUACGUCUCUCACCAGCUCGGGUCUGCUCAGGGAUGCCCCGCAGAUCUUGCCAGGACGUCUGUCUCCUCGAGUCGUGGGCAGGCGGUGGCUCGGGCCGCAGCUGCAGGUAAAGCUGUGGUACGACAAACCGGGUGAGCAGCUCAUCGUCACGGUGCUGGGGGCAGCCGACCUCCCGGCUCGCGAUGAUGGGCGACCACGCAAUCCUUACGUCAAGCUCUACUUUCUACCCGACCGCAGCGACAAGAGCAAGCGGCGAACAAAGACGCUUCGCAAGACGCUGGAGCCGCACUGGGGCCAGACGUUCGUGUUUUGCCCCGUGCGCCGCAGCGAGUUCCGUGAGCGGAUGCUGGAGAUGACGCUGUGGGACCAGGCACGCAUCCACGACGAGGACAGCGACUUCCUGGGGGAGAUCCUGAUCGAGCUGGAGACGGCAUUGCUGGACGAUGAGCCGCACUGGUACAAGCUGCAGACGCACGACCUCUCCUCGCUGGCGCUGCCUGCCCAGUCACCGUACCUGCCACGGCGCCCGCAGGCCGACCGCCGACUUACGCGGUCUCCGCGGAUCGGUGAGAAGGAGGGGUCAGACUACGAGACGGACGAUGGCAUUGGAGCCGUGAGUCCAGUGACGCGCCACCGUAGCCGCGAAAGGCGUGGUGUGGCCCUGGUGGUGCCGGGGCCGCCCAGGCACCGGGGAGGGUCUCGCUCUCGCUCCGCGUCGCCGCACCACCCCGACAAACGCAGCCGCUCGCGCUCGCAGUCGCCGCAUCCCCACAGCACCAGUGGUGUGGACCAGGAAGGCUGUAGCCGACAUUCCCGGUCACCGCGACGACCACAGGAUGGGCCGGCGAGAGGAGAGUGCUGUAGAGGCCUUGCAGAGCAGUACUCUCCUGAACCCGACCGUCGCUUCACCACCUUGCCCAGGGCCAAGCCGGGCCACGGGGCAACCGCAUGGGGCGAGGGGGGGCACAGCAACGCAUUCAUCCCAGUGAUUCCAAUCUCCAGGGAGGACGCCAUCAGCCUCCUCCUGUCACACGAGCAGUCCGCCACACAGCACUGCAUGCAGCGCACACCGCACAGGCUGCACCAGGGCUAUGGGAGGAGUAUUUUGUCAAACUCUACGAGUCUCGUCAAUGGAAACCGGGAGAGCGCGGCAUCUCGGAUGAACCACCAGAGCAGCCCAAUGGCAGCUGCUCCGGGAAGCACUCCUACGCUAGGCCGCAGGGUCAGGCAGCUGCCCCAACUGCCCCCAAAAACAACAGAUGGUCGCGGCCUGGUUGCCAUGGUCGAGGCGGAGGAGCGUGGUCGGCCGAUGAAAAUGAAAAUUGGAGGCAAGUUCCUGCAGGCCGGGGCCCCGGGGCACUCAGGAUCCUUUACUGAUGGGGGCCCUGCAGGGGACCCUCACUACAGGCACCACGGCCCGAGAGACAAGAGGCUUGGUUCUGACAUCACAUCACGCAAGUCUUCGGACAGCGACGUGAGCGACGUGUCGGCCGCAUCGCAGACGUCGAGCCUGUCCCGCGUCAGCACCACCACCUACCUGUCGGUGCAAUCGGAGCGCCCGCGGGGCACCCGCAACAUCAGCAUGUUUAUGUCUAAAAUGCAAAGUCGGCAGGUUGGAGCGUCGGGCGGGCGCCGCAUGCCCAAGAGUUCGAGUGUGAGCGGCGAGAUGUACCGGGCGGAGCGCGCCGAUGGCAGCCAAUCUGACACGGGCCUUGGCACAGCCGCGGACACAGCCCCCAAGACGCGGCGCUCCUCCUUCGGCGCCAAGAUGGUGGCCAUCGUGGGGCUGUCACGGCGCAGCCGCAGCACAUCACAACUGUCUCAGACCGACGCGAGUGGGAAGAAGCUGCGCAGCGCCGUGCGACGCAGCACGGAGACAGGAAUGGCCAUCGAGAUGCGGAACUGGAUGACGCGGCAGGCGAGCCGAGGGUCAAAUGAUGACAGCAUGAACUCCUACAGUUCGGAGGGAAACCUGAUAUUCCCUGGCGUGCGACUUGACCACGACAGCCAGUUCAGCGACUUCCUGGAUGGGUUGGGGCCAGGGCAGCUGGUCGGGCGGCAGACCCUGGCCACCACACCCCUGGGCGACAUCCAGCUGACGAUGAUCAGCCGACGGGGGCAGCUGGAGGUGGAGGUGGUGAAAGCGCGAGGACUUAUCCCCAAGCCGGGUUGCAAGUCCAUUCCAGCCCCCUAUGUGAAGGUGUACCUGCUGGAGGGUGGAGUGUGCAUCGCUAAAAAGAAAACCAAGGUCGCCAGCAAGUCGCUGGAUCCCUCCUAUGGCCAGCAGCUACUGUUCGAUGAGGGUGCCCAGAACAAGGUCCUGCAGGUCAUUGUGUGGGGUGACUAUGGCCGUAUGGACCACAAGUCCUUCAUGGGGGUGGCCCAGAUCCUCCUCGAGGACGUUGACCUCAGUCGGAGUGUGACCGGCUGGUACAAGCUCUUUCCCACCUCCUCGCUGGUGGAUCCCACCUUCGCGCCACUCACCCGGCGUCCAUCGCAAUCCUCGCUGGAGAGCUCCACCGCACCCACGUUUGCAAGAUCAUAGCGAGGGGUACGGGGUCAGGGAACGUGAAACUCUGUGCUGGCUCCCCAGGCGGUGCUGGGCCCACUGGGCCCACCGCACCAUCUGUCGUAACCACAGCAACACACGGGUUGCAGGUGGGAGGACAUCAUGGUGGGGACAGGGGGUGGGCAACCCUAAGAUAUUGUCCUGCCUCUGGCGCUGGACACACCAGGGAGUGCACACAUGCAAACACAUACAUAUACGCAUCCCCUGAUGUGCAGCAAUCAUCCAAGUGGCAUUGCAGUUUGCCUGACGUCACAUUUCCGAGACUCCCUCACCCACUGUCCCUCCAGAAGUCCUCACACUGCAUUCUCUCCCCAGCCUCUCCUUUAUCCACACUGCCAGGCCUCACUGCCCACUGACUGCUCAUAUCACGAGGGCUCCCUGUCCCAGCAAGGGAAGUAACCCAUGUGAGAUGUAUCAUCAGUGUGUGCACCACGAGGCGAUAGACGGGGCAAUGCACUGCCUCUCCUAUCUGUGCGGGGCCAGUAUGCGUAUACUUGUAGUGGCACAUAGAUGGAGGUAUGUGUACACGCGUGGCACAGGGUGCGAUCUUGUCCGUGCUGGACGGCGUGCGGACUUAAUAUGCGGUGUGGAAAAAGAGAUGUAGGUGUUCGUGUUUGGUACUGGGAAAUGAGUGCCGGCAUAAUCCUCCUGCUUCUUUUAAGUUGGACAGAUUGUGGCCCGUCUCACCAAAUCAUUGAGUGUUGUAAAUGUGCGGUUGCACCAACUACACUUUCGAGUGAAGCCGUCUUGAUUGGAUACAGGGCCCCGUAGGUUGGGUGGGGGGGAGACCUAAGAGUGCUGUCUACUUGGGGUGGUAUGGGGGGGGGGGCGGUGCUGAAGUUGCUGCCCACUCAGGCUGCCCUGAAGACACUCCGAGCUCUGUGGCAGCUGAGCUGCUGUCUGUCGCAGCACGACGUGAACCGUGCCAGUUUUAUAUGACUGCGAUUGCAUUUAUUAUGAUUGCUGUCGUUAUACAUCCAUGUUGUGGAGCAUGAUUAUAAACAGCCACAUUUUAAGGGCUUUAAUCACCGUAGCGUUGCAUGUCCUUUUGAUGCAACCGUGUCUGUGAGUGACGCCGGCCGCGCUGUGUGGGGCAUCGGUGCACGUGCUGCCCUGGCGCGGGGCUCACUCCACGUAGUCGCUACAGAUGCCGUAUAAGAGAAACUAUUUUUUGCUUGAAUACUUGCAUGUACAUACGGUACUCGAUCCGCAACACUGAUGAGUGGUUCCGACUGUAGCAUUCCACGGAUGAGGCGCAGGCGGGAGAGCGCGCACCUCAUCCCUCUCAUCUCCACGAAACCAAACGCGCUGGGACUCGUGGCUAGGGGGUUUGCAGUCACCGUCUCUACCACCACCACCACUCCGUGGGGCUUGGGUCGUGGCGCUGCCGGUACAGGCAGACGCGUGGUCGCCCUCUGCGCCGGGCCGGAUGGAUGAUUGUCGUGGUGCAAAAGUUACGGUGUGGCUGAGCUGCUGGGUGAGGCUGCUGCUGAUGAUGCGGGCGAGUACCGGCUAUAGCAGGCAGUGUUGAUGGUUGCUACUGGUGGUACUGGCGAUGUUAGUUGGUGGCGCUGCUGGUGAGGUGGAGCAGAGAUGACAUGCGAAUGGCCGGGGUUCGGCAGCCGAGGACGACACGCGUCCUGUGGUGACGGGGCGCAGAUUAUGCAGACGUUAUCAUUGCCUUCUCUGGGUGUGGGUGCAAUACGGGGGGUGGGGCGUGCGGGUGGUGGCGCCUGGUGGCCCUUGUCUCAAUAGCCUCACUCUCGCGUAUCAAGACGGAGGCGCCCGCUUCUCGAGUGCAUACAUUUUUUAUAUUUGUGUUGAGAGCAGAACAGUAACAAAGAAGCCACGUGUUUGUAUAUAUUUAUUGGAGUGUUUGAUCAGAAUGUGAAUUUUAUCUCUUAAUUUUAAACGGCGUUACCAUGUCCCCAUGUACCCCGCCGUGUCCAUGGCUGGAAUAAAGACGACUCUCUUUUCUACACUU